AUGGCAACUACAGCCUUGCAACAUUCACCGAUGGUCAUUGCAGACCAAGAACUGAACAAUUUGAAGGCCAGUAAUGGCGAUGUUCUCCCAAAAAUAGGCCUUAUGAAGUCUUCAAGUCCGGACCUUCCCAUUGAAGAGCUUCGCAGGCGCUACGAGGAAGACGGUUAUCUCUGGAUAAAAGACAUCCUCGAUAAAGAAAAGGUUCUGGACAUGCGAGAGCAAUACUUCAGGUUCAUGACCGAAAAUGGCGAUUCGGGGAUCCUCAAACAAGGAACGAACCCUCGCGACGGGAUCUUCUCCGGCGAGGAUUGGAGGCAAUUCCUGCUACCUGGCGCAAUUCGCGUUGCCAAUGGGCUCAAAGACGAGGGUGUAUUUGUCGAAAAGACCCUCAAAGCACAUGUUGCCCACUUUUAUUCCGAGUUCAAGUCUGAUAUAGCAGAACCACUGGAAAACUUUGUUGGAAAACUCGCUCAAUUCCAAGAUCCAAUGCUACUGAAACGAACCUUGCUCCGGUGCAAUGUCCCCAGCGGCGAAACUACACCGGUUCAUUAUGACCAGAUCUAUCUACGAGCAGGACCACCUACCUCAGUUACGGCAUGGAUUCCACUUGGGGACUGCGCUUUGACGGGUGGGGGGUUGAUGUAUCUUGAGAAUUCGGUUGAGAUCGGGAAGAAAUUCGAAGCAGAUUUUUCUGAGAAGAGUAAGGAUCUCACUGAAGAAGAACGUCUAUCUGCUUUUAACAAGAAUAUGAUGGCUGGUGGCUUUUUGGAUCGGAAUGCGGCUGUAUUUGGCAAGUUUUGGGGCCGUCGGUGGCUUGUUGCGCCGUAUGAGGCUGGGGAUGUGGUAUUUCAUAAUCCAUUUAUGAUUCAUGCAAGUGCCCGGAACGAGAGCCCGGAACAAGCUAUUAGACUCGCGACGGAUUUGAGAUUUGUUGAUAAGGCUGGGCCCUUUGAUGAGAGAUGGCUUUUCGAGGCCUACCAGGAGGCUGAUCCGAAUGUUGCUAGUCGGCAGCCUCUAGGCUCUAAGAAGAAGACUCAUAUGUGA